CGCGAGCGACACCUGUACGCGUUUCACAAUCACCAGCACCACCGGAGAAUGCGAUCAUCUCGCACAGUCAUCACUACCGGACACAAUGAGACACCAUGAUCCCCGCCCACGUGGCAGCCUACACGCAGCAAUGAAAAUCAAGCCAAGCGGGACAUUUUCUCACUCAUCCGUGCUGCGAUCAUCCUCAUCUCCAGAAUUGCAGUCGCCAAAGAACGUCUUCUUCCUCGUCUGCAUGCAGCGCACUUUCUGUCACUUGUUCGGCACACGCCGUGCUCGCACCCUGGACGCCUCCCUCCGCAUCGCAGGCUCUGUGAGAUGUACCCCUGGUUCUGUGACAUCUCCAUGUCGUUAUCGUCGUCGCGGACGAAGGCUCGACCAGCAGUUCAUACUUCCCACCACCUGCGAGUCCUAGCGAGUUGACAAGGCUCAAUAGUCUCUCGCCAAUAGUUGUACUGCGAUCUGAUGCGUUCUACGAUCUACACCGGACGUGUCUUGGUCUGUCUGAAGUCCGAUGUUCAUCGUCAAGCCUUCUGUCCUCGAAGUCUAGAAUCUACCGCAACGCUGACGCAGCAGUAGGGUAGGGACAGACAGGCCAAAAACACACAAAGUUCGAACAUGAGCUAGCGUGCCAGCAAUAUUCAGAGCUGUCUGUCCACAGGGCAGAGAGACAUCGAGCGUUUAGCACAUCAUUGUAUGGUACAGCCCGACCAAUGCAGCACAUCUACCAAUUGAAUAUUGUCAUGACUUCCUCCCUGCAGAGCAGUGAGCGC